UGGCCCAUUUGGAGAGAAGAGGAAGAUACUCGCGGUCAUGGCGCUUAUGAAGACCAACGCAAGGACGAUCGUCUGCUUUGCCGCCCUCGCAGUCAUGGCCACCCACCUGAUGUCCUCUGCAGACGCACUAGACUGCUAUCCGAUCAACGACUGCCGCUCGAACAGCAACGGGGGAGUGAAGUGCGCGCGCAUGUGCGCCUUGCUGAACGGCCCUUCCGGCAAGGCCUACUGCAGCGGCACUACCCAGCGCCUCUUUGGACCUCGGAUGCUGCUGCCGCCGCUGCCGCCGCCACAAACGAAGCUGCUCCAUGAUGAUGAUAGAGUGAUAGUAGUACUAUCUUUGUUUCUUCUGAACUAGCACACGUUUUGGUGGUGAUAUUGUUGCUCGCGGGAGAGAGAAUGUGUGAUCUGCUGCUUAGACUAUUAUGAUCCUGUUUUGCGCGUGUGGUCUGGAACUAUGAAAUUCAGCACAAUUUUCUCUA